AUGAAGCCCCUGGCGGUUCUCGCCUCUGUGGCUGCCUUGGUGUCGCCUGUCUCUGCCGAACCGAUUCUCUACUCCAACUCCCUCAACAGUUGUCAGAAGGAUAACGGUUUCAAAGCUACUCUUUUCAACGUCGCCUUGACACCGAACAACGGAUCUGCUUUUGUCAAAGCUGUGGCAACCUCAUCCAUUCAGGGCAAGGUCAAAUUCGACAUCAGACUCUCAGCGUACGGCUAUCAGUUUCUUCAACAGAUUGUCGAUCCUUGCGAAAUCAACCUACCUGGUCUCUGUCCUAUGGUAUCCGGAAAGAUUCCCUUCAAGUUCAACCUACCUAUCGGCAAGGAAAAUCUUGCUCAGGUACCUGGAAUUGCUUAUAGUGUUCCCGAUCUCGAUGCUACUGUCCGUGUCUACGUCAACAUGUCCAGUACCGGCGAAAGUGUCGCGUGUGUCGAGGCCGACUUCUCCAACGGAAAGACUGUUGAUCUCAAGGGCGUCAAGUGGGCUACUGCCAUUAUUGCUGGUCUUGGCCUGAUUUCUUCAGCCAUUGUUUCCGGCGUUGGCCACGCCAACACCGCUGCUCACGUGGCUUCCAACUCGCUCUCUCUCUUCGGUUAUUUCCAGGCUCAGGCUAUUCUCGGCCUUACCAGUGUCGGACUCCCCCCAAUUGUCUCUUCAUGGACUCAGGAUUUCCAGUGGUCAAUGGGUAUCAUCCGCGUCGGUUUCAUGCAGGACAUUUUUACUUGGUACCAGCGAGCAACUGGUGGUGAACCCGAGUCUAUUCUUUACAACGUUGGUCAGGUAUCAGUUGAGAUCCAGAAGCGAAGUCUGCAACUUGCCUCAACCAGCGUCGAUCUUUUCAAGCGUAGCGCAGCGAUGAUGCCCCGCGGUAUCACUGCACCGAUUGGCAAUGCUGCUGGGGCUCUCGCAAAGCGUGCCAAUAUCCAGACCGAAGAUGGCACCUACGUCGUAUACGGCAUCCAACGAGUCGCCUUUAAGUCCAAGAUCGAAACCACAAACUUGUUCAUGACCGGCCUCACUUUCUUCUGCAUUUUUGUUGUCAUCACCUGCCUCGCAGUGGCCAUGUUCAAGGGUGUUUGCGAGUUUUUCGCCCGCCAGAAGUGGAUGGCCCAGGACAAGUUCCUUGAAUUCCGCAAUGGCUGGCUCACAGUCCUCAAGGGCAUUCUUUUCCGGUUGACCUUGAUUGGAUUCCCUCAGAUGGUCAUUCUUUGCCUUUGGGAGUUCACUCAGCAGGAUUCUCCCGCCGAGGUCGUCUUGGCUGUUUUCUUCCUUAUCGGCAUGACCUUUACUCUCGGUUGGGGUGCCGCCAAGGUCAUCCGCAUUGCCCGUCGCUCUGUUGCCAUGCACCGAAACCCAGCCUACAUCCUCUUCUCGGAUCCCAAGGCCCUCAACAAGUGGGGUUUCCUUUACGUGCAGUUCCGAGCAUCUGCCUACUACUUCAUUGUCCCGGUGCUUACCUACACUAUCGUCAAGGCGAUGUUCGUAGCUUUGGCCCAGAAGAACGACAUCGCACAGGCUAUUGGCUUCAUUAUCAUUGAAGUUGGUUACCUGAUCGCCGCUUCGGUUCUCCGACCUUGGAUGGAUAAGCCUACCAACUCGUUCAACAUCGCUAUCGCUGCUAUUAACUUCAUUAACGCCAUUUUCCUUCUUAUCUUUUCCAAUGUUUUUGGCCUACCCAAGAUCGUUGUUGGUGUCGUUGGUGUCGUCCUGUUCGUUUUGAACGCCGCAUUUGCCCUUAUUCUACUCCUCAUGCUAAUCGUUUCGACCGCGUUGGUGUUCUUCCGCAAGAACCCUGAUGCCCGAUACCAGUUCAUGGCCGACGACCGUGCUUCUUUCAUGAAGUCUCAAACUCAGGUCAAUGCUACAACUGAGCUAGAUGCUCUUGCAGCCACUGCUCGAGGUGACAAGGCCGGCUACAACAAGCACUUGGAUCUCGAUGAGGAAGACUCCAUGUCCUCCGAGAGUUUGAGGAGAAGGAACGAGCUGAACAAUCAGUCUCAAACCUCGUUCCAGAGGAACGAUGCACCCCCUCGAUCCCCUGUGAACCCUGCUAUGCCGCUCUUCCCGGCCGACGGACAACGGCCAUCGAGCCCCUUCCGCUCCGCGUCACCGAACCCGUAUCAACAGUCUGGGUCAAAUCUUUCUCAACAACGGUCGGCAAAUGACGGUAGCCCAGGCGGUUAUCGAUCACAGAACAAUGCUAGCCCUUGGCAGCGUGGAGCUGGUUACGACCAUUGA